AUGUUCGAUUUGACGAGAAUGAAGAGAGUCACUGACCCGUUGGACGAUAAAGUGAAGGCACGGAUCUUCGGCAGCAGUGGGAGCGAACACAGUGCUCAAGCUGAUGACGACGUCGUUUCACCCUAUCUUUUCUUCGGUUUUCCUAUUGAUGAUACUGCCGGAGAUUAUUCUUCUGUAGAGAAGAGUAACAAUGAUCUGGAUUCUGAUGAACGCGAUUCAUCAACGUAUGAUCCUGCUAAUGGAGAUUUGAUUGAACGAAUUCUCAAUGAUCGGACAGAUUCGUUUAAGAAUAUGCUUCUGGCUCAUGUUUUAAAAGCUGUGCAAGUGUUUUCGAGCGUGAGAUCGGACAAACAGAUUUUCCGGCGGAACGUGAUGGCGUUUUUGAGACAGUACGGACACAAUGCGGCAAUAUGCAAGACGAAAUGGGAGAGCUCCGGCGGGCUAACAGCCGGAAAUUACGAGUUCAUCGACGUUAUACUGCGAGACUCAACUCGGUAUUUCAUAGAUCUAGAUUUUGCUGCCGAGUUCAAAAUAGCAAGGCCGACGAAUUUUUACGAGCAUCUACUGCAAUUCAUUCCGACAGUGUUCGUCGGCAAGGACGAGGAAUUGAAGCAGAUUUUGAAGAUAAUGAGCGACGGCGCAAAAAGAUCGUUGAUAUGCAGAGAACUCACUCUACCGCCAUGGCGAAAACACCGUUUUUUGCAGAACAAGUGGUUUGGUCCGUACCGUCGGACGGCGAAUCUCUUCCCUUAUACGUUGCCGUCUAACCAGAGUUACUGCGUUAAAUGUCGAGCCGUCGGUUUUGACGCCGCCAUUAACGGCGGAAGUCUGUUGUUUCCCUCGACAGCACGUACAAGAUAA